AUGAGGUCUACACGUUCCAAGGGUUCAGUUUCAACUGCGCAGCAAGCCAUCGCGGGAACAAACUCGAAAUCACAACCGGCGCCAAAACGUCCGAACGAAUCAAAGGGAAACUCUCGAAACCAUAAGAAACGCAAAACGGCUCCAGCUCCAGCCUCAACGCAAACCAAUCAACGUGAAACUCAGCCAGCUCAGUCACCCCAGUCAACUCCUCCUGCAGCACCUGGACUCAACUCCCCAGUUGAUGGCACUGUCUCAAAUCGCGCUCCACCUACGAAACGCAAAACGGGUCCAGCUCCAGCCUCAACGCAAACCAAUCAACGUGAAACUCAGCCAGCUCAGUCACCCCAGUCCACUCCUCCUGCAGCACCUGGACUCAACUCACCAGUUGGUGGGACUGUCUCAAAUCGCGCUCCACCCACCACAACAGCUGCCGAAGAUGUCGAGAUCUUUGACUCGACCAUCACUCUGGAGAAUCAUCGCCAACAUGGAAAAGCGUGGCCCAUGACACGCCUUCAAGGAGUCGUUGAUGCCCGAUCCAAGACUGUAUCUCGUAUUCCAGUCAACAUCCUUGCCGAGGCCAGACUUGCAAAGCUCCAAUAUCAGAAGACCAAGUUGUUCCUGGCUGCAAUUGGGAAAAUCAAACAUAGUACACUUGAGGAAGAACUUGGCGAAGGCAGUCCCACCCGCCCUCGUGAUAUAUACCGCAGGUUUUUGGCUUAUUCUAAGGCGGUGAUCGCACUCAAAAUGCCUAAGAAAGGAGGAGGUGGUGAGACAAUGAAGUUUAGGAACAAGGAAGCUGGUAGGAUCUGGCGAACUUACGGUCCCGAAAAGCGUCGUGUUUUCAAUCGUACCCACUUCUUUGCAUUAGCUGGUAUUCCCGAUCUUGACAACCCGGCCAAUGAUGAUUCAACCACACCUACUGUUCCUUUACUUAGCCCAGAGGACGAGGAAAAGUAUCGGCCUAUUUACGAAGAGCUUGUUGCACACGAGAAAGUCUUGAGAAAGGAAGGAAGACUACCGGCGGACAAGGAUCUCAAUGGGCGGUCUUUGCAGCGUGUUCGUCAUCUCGCAAAAAUUAUUGCCCGUGAUGGCGAGCGGUUGAAGUUCAAAUACAUUUUCCUGGCUUCGAGCGCUCACACGCCAAGAAAAAACUCCGGUCCUGGAUGGUCCAGAAAAUACUCGGCAAUACCUGCUGUCACCAAUUGGGCUGAUCGCGAAAUUGGCCUGACUCCUGUCUUUGCAACAGUGGCUCAGGGCGAGUCAAUGAUCAACGCGAUUUCCAAGGCUAGCCAAUCGAAAAAAAGGAAGAUACCUACUGGUACAAUUUCCAGUAAGCUGCAACCGAGUGAUCUUCUGAAGACUCGACUGGCAAACCUUGUGAAUGAAAGACUUGUUGACGUACUGGGAUACCGCCCAACUAGAGGUAAACAAUUUCCUCUCACCGGUGAUCCAAUCGAAGGUCUUAUCAAGCGCAACAUUCCAGUUCGGAUUGUACAACUGCCCGGAUCAAAACUCAGUGAGGAUGACUUGAGAGUUGGUCACAAGGCAAUGACCAAGGUACAUCAACAGGAAUGGCUGGAUGACCUGAAUAGUGAGCAUUUUAGGUUAGAACCGUUGGCAGCAUCCGAGAAAUCGAAAUCUAUUCAAUCAAAAAUUAUCAAAACAAAGGAUGGAAAGCGUACAAAGCGUACGAAGAAAAUAAAGUCGACUGAAUUCAUUGACAAAGAUGAGGAGGAAGACACAGAAUAUAGCGAAGAUGAAGAUGAAGAAAUUGAUUUGGAUGAGGAUGAUGAUGAUUUAGAUGAUGAUUUAGAUGAUGAUCUAGAUGAUGAUUUAGAUGAUGAUCUAGAUGAUGAUUUAGAUGAUGAUGGUCCAAUGGAGGAGGAUGAUAUUGAGAUCGAAGAUGAGGACGACGACGGAGACAAAGAAUAG